CGUUGUGGAUAUUACUGAGCGAUCGAGUUCUAGAGGCAAUGCAGUUCACAAAAUGAGCGUUAAAGAGUCAGCGCCGCCCCAUCUGCUUAUGCAGAAUGUUAGAGACAUCCGCAAGCGUCUUAUGGAAACGGAGAAAACACUGAAUAAGAUUUCCAAAGCAGAGGCAAAAGUUGACAAUGAUGACAUUGACGAUCUCCUGUCUUUAACUUCGCUGGACUCGAGGCGUCACACAGGGUUAGCAGGAGACUUUCACCAUCGUGAUGGUGCUCAUGUGAUAGAGGAGGACCGGGAAAGUGUGAGGUCUGAGCUUGCUACACUUCCUGAUUCAAGUUAUGCAGGAUUUGAAAGGGUUGUGCCCCCUAGUAGUACCCCAAAUAGACCUCAGUUGAAGAGUCGACUUACAGGCCUACUAGAGAUGAUGGAGACACGUGAGGAUCAUGAAGUGCCAACAGAGCGACAUCGACCACCCAGUGUCUCUAGUGUCCCGGAUGAGGAGAGGUCUGACGGUAGGGCUAAGGUCCGAUUUCUGAAAGAGGCAAAUAAGAAGGUGUUGAUUCAGAACCAGAAGCUGAUGAAUGAGGUGGAGAAAACAUCAUAUGAUCUCCAGGCUGCCAGAGCAAAGGUGCGAGAGCUGAGCUAUGAGCUGGACGAAUUCCGCCAGACUGUGCCAGACCUAGAAGACAAGAUCCUGGGUCUGCAGGCUGAGACAGACUCACAGGAGAAAGCUUUGAGAGAGGCAGAGGAGAGGUUUGAGACGUGUCAGCGUGAAGUCCUGUCAACAGACAGGAAGUUGAAGCAGGCACAGUCUGACCUAGAGGAAGUGAGGACAGAGUUGUAUGAGGAGAGGAAACUACGAAGGAGCCUUGAGACCCAGCGAGACGAGGCCAUGCAGAACUUUCUGGAGGCCCAGGACACCCUAGGAGAGUACCAGCGGAAAACCAAGGACAAACUGAAGAAGUACGAGGGUACAGAAGAUGAUCUGCGUGAUAGUCUCACACAUGCCAACAGAGAGAGGGAAGAACUCCUAGACAGGGUCCAGUACUAUCAGAGCAAGGUCAAAUCACAACAAGAAGAGAUCAGGCAACUGCAGUCAGAACAGGAAGUGGAUGAGGACAACAAGACCAGCAUAGAACAGCAGAACAACGAGCUGAGAGCACAGAUCUCCAAACUCUCCAACAAAAUAACAAGACUGGAGGCUGACUCCCAGCUCCUGGAAAGCCUUCAGUUUGAGAACCGUCAACUGCGCAGUGAGAACGACCUACAACAGCAACAGCUGGGGCAGUGCCAACAGGAGAUUGAGGAGUCGAGGACGAUGCUGACCCAGUUAGAGCAGCUCGCACAACAGGUGCAGCAUUCCUUCAACAGUAGACCUACAAGUAGAAACAACAGCUUCAGCGGAAAUGACAGUGGUAAUUUCAGCCUUCGUAACCCCAGUGAUAUGACCCAGUCCUCUCUGCAGAAAUCUGCUGCCAAUGGGACAGAGUCCAGCACAGCCAGUGCUAAAAAUAUCCUCUCAGAUCUCAGGCUAAAGUUGGCGAUGAAAGAUGCAGAAAUCGAGAAGUUGAAAGCAGGGAACCAAGAACGUCAGGUCCAAGAGCAGGCCGGUGUGAUUGAAAACCUGCGCACAGAUCUAAGCAACAUGAUCGAGAAAAAUCAGAGAAAUGUGCAUUUGUAUGGCGCUGAGCAGGCUCAGGAGUUGGACUCCAUGGUGACCAGGCUGGGGCAGGAAAAGGACCGACUACUGGCCCAGGUCAAGGAACUGCGUAAAGAGCUGUCCGACCGAGACUCAGAGAACAGUUCCUUUGAGAUCCGUAUCACACAGAGGAACUCACAGCUGAUAGAACUCCAGGAGCAGCUGAAUGAGAAGUCUGUGGAGCUGACCAAACUGGAAAAUAAGGUGCGUGAGAAAACGCGGCAGGUUUCCUCUCUGGAAGAGCAACUGGAGGAGAAGACAUCACAGAGCACUCACCAGACUGCGCGGAUCAAGCAGCUAGAGGCGGAGAUAACAGCACGAGAGGAGGAGGCUCAGGCUCUACACAGAGAACUCAGGGACAAACAGGGUGGGGCAGAUGUACAGAGAGAGGAACGGGAGCGGGUACAGAAGAUACACCAGGAGCAGUGCAAGGACUACCAGAAACAGAUAGACAUACUGCAAGAGAGGGUGGAGAACAAGUCUAGUCAGGCCCUGGAGUGGGAGAAGCAGACUGACAUCUUGCGGCGGGAAAUCUCGGAUAAAUCUCAUAGACUCCAUGACACCGAGCAAGCUCUUGCAAGAGCAGAAAAGGAUUUAGAAGACAAGAAGGAGCAGACUCGUGAGAUGUUACGACAGCUGGAGUCCCAGGCGAGGGACGGCACCAACCAGAUACGGCAGCUAGAGACCGCCCUGAACCUGUGCAAGGACGAGAUCAAGACGUACAUAGGGGCCCUUGAGGAGAACAAGGACCAGUAUGACAAGGAGGUCAGGCACCGCGAUGAGAAGAUCAAAUAUCUCACUAGACAGAAUAAGGUACUAGGUCACCAGCUGGAGGUGAAAGGUCAGGAGUGCGAACAUCUGGAGAAGGCGGAGACAGAGAGCCAGGCCAUGAUUGAGCAGAGCACAGCCCGCAUACAUGACCUGGAAGAGAUGCAGGCAAAACUGCAGAAACAGAUCUCCAGCCUAGAGCGUGAGCUGUUGAACGGCAAUGCUCAGUGGAUGAGUGACCAGCAGAGCAAGGAUGUGCAGCUGAAGAACGCCUGUGAGGACCUCGAGCGUAAAACCAUCCAGCUUAGAGAGCUCUCCAGCAAACUCAAGUCUGUAGAGGAGGAAAGGAAUCGGCUGUCCUCCGAAGUGGACCUGCUUGACGCCCAGCUACAUGAUGAGCAGGACGAGCAUGAUUCCAAGAGUGACCGCAUUGCCAAGCUCGAGCGUGACCUGAGGGACAUGCGGGUACAACUCGAGCACAAGAUCGAGCUGGUGACAGACUUUGAGGAGCAGCUGACACAGAAGAACGGGGAUAUGGAGCAGCAGCUGCAACUUGUGGGUGACCUUGACCACGAGAUCAAACGCUUCCAGGACCUCCAUGAAGGUAACUGUGAGCGUAUAGCAGAUCUUGAGAAGCAGCUGGACAAGGCAGGCUAUGAGGCCAAGGCCAGGGAUGAGAUGAUUGAUGAUCUCAAAGACUCUCUCAGGUCCAUUCAAGAGGAGUUAAGCAGCUCCAAGAGUGAGACUGUCAGUCUGAAGGCCCUGCUGGAGGAGAGACAACUCCAGCUGGAGGAACGUGUGGCUCUGGUGGGUCACUUAGAGUCCACACUGAGCAAAGAGCAUGAGGAGAUGGAGAGACGCAUACAGAAACUGGACCAGAAUGUCCAGAAACAUGAGGUGGAGGUUCAAGAGAGGACAAAACAGAUUGCCGAUUUGGAUGAUAAGCUUCAGCAGACGCAGUCACAACUAAGAGAAGUAACCCUUCAGCACCAGCAGGGGACACAACUCUGUAACAAACAGCAGAUGGAGCUUCAGUCAAAGACUGCAAAACUCCAGGAACUUGAAACGCUUGUUGAGAGACAGAAGACCAAACUUGAUGAGCAGAAAGAAGAGAAUGUGGAGAUAACUCAGGAACUGAGACUUACAAGGGAGCAGUUGCAACAACAGCACACUGACUUCAUGUCCACCAGACGGGAGCUGGCACACUCGAACAGAGAGCAGGAGAAGUGGCAGAGAGAACUCGAGGAAUUGAGAAACACACUCGAGAGCUAUGAGUCCGACAAGGCCAGACUGGCAGAGGAGCUGGGUGCAGCCAAGGCCAGGGUGGAUGAGGCACAGUCUAAGACCUCCGUGGAGGUACAGAAACUCUCAGACGAACAUGAUGAUAGAGAGCGCAAGUACCAGUCUGAGGUGAGUGCGCUGCGAGAGGAGAUGGGAGACUACCGUGAGGCCAAUGACAUCCUGAAGGCACAGCUGAGGGACAAGACCAGACAGCUGGGAGAGAUGGAGAAACACUACGCAGACCAGGUGAGACUGGCGGCCCAAGAGCUUGACAAUAUCAAUGAAGAGAUGGAGUCACGCAAGGAGCAGAUGGAAAAUUCCAGUGAACAAAUCAUACUUAAGGACUCGGAGAUUGCUCGCCUGCAGGCCAAGAUCUCAGGGCUGGAGAGAACACUGCAAGCAAUGAGGAUGUCUGACUCCUCUCUCAUGUCCAACAUCCAGGGCAGGGAAUCAGAUAUCCUUGGCAUGUCGCGGUCACAUCGGCAAAGUGAUGGCCAGGGGAGGGAAAUCGUUCUCACAGACGUGACGGUGUCUGCUCCAACCCAGCAGUAUGGAACACAGGCUUUUGAAGUCGAACAAGAGGUGGAAAUCCGCUACAUUCCUCGAGGAAGGAACAAUAAUUCUGAGAAAGCGGAUCAGGAAAAUAUUGAGCCUACAGGGCCAGUGCGUGUCUUGAACUUUGCUGAAGAUAACCAGUCAAAAACCUCAGGUCUUCACCGACCGAAACCAGUCUUGCCAAAGGGAGUCACCAGUAAGAAAGAUCGGCCAGUAUAUGGGAAUUCUAAAGAGUCUGCUGGAAAUAAAAAAGAGCAGAAAACCAGUGCAUUUUCUCGAGUCAUUGCAGAUAAACCUAAGCCAAAAGAGGAGCCAGUAUUUCCGGGUGAAAUUGGACAAGAACCAGUGACCGCAAUGCGGAUGUACAGUGCCGAUACCUUUGACCUUGAAACAUCUGAUCUUGACCCUGAGCAAUGCAUGAAGGCGUUACAGGACAAACUGCGGGCCAAUGAGCAGAGACAGAAGGACAUUGACAGGCAGCUACAGAAUCUAGACUUGGACGAUGACAAUGAAGAGUGUGGCACAGCAGAUGACACUUGAAAUGUAGCGUAGAAAUAGACAAUUGUAUU